UAUGAUUAGCAGUCAUGUGAUUGGUGUUUUCAGCCAUUGUACUACGGAAGUGAAAACACAAAAAGCAAGAUGUUGUCAUUCUUUCAGCGCAUUUUAGAUUGGUUUAAGAGUCUGUUUUGGAAGGAGGAAAUGGAAUUGACUCUUGUUGGUCUACAGUACUCAGGGAAAACUACAUUUGUUAACGUUAUUGCUUCUGGCCAGUUUAGUGAAGACAUGAUACCAACAGUCGGGUUCAACAUGAGAAAGAUAAGCAAAGGAAAUGUCACAAUUAAAUUAUGGGAUAUUGGGGGCCAGCCAAGGUUCAGAAGCAUGUGGGAGAGGUACUGCCGAGGGGUAAAUGCUAUAGUGUAUAUGGUUGAUGCUGCCGAUCAUGACAAAAUUGAAGCAUCGAGAAAUGAACUACACAAUUUAUUAGACAAACCACAGUUACAAGGUAUUCCGGUGUUAGUUCUAGGUAAUAAACGGGACCUGCCAGGUGCAUUAGAUGAAAAACAGCUCAUUGAUCAAAUGAAUUUAUCUGCUAUCCAAGAUAGAGAAAUUUGCUGCUAUUCAAUAUCAUGCAAAGAAAAAGAAAAUAUAGACAUCACAUUACAGUGGUUGAUACAGCAUUCCAAAGGUCAUUAAAGUUUGGGUACCAGUCAUUUCUAUACAGUCAUUUCACAGCAAUAUUUCAUCAUCCAUACUAAAAAAAGCUGGGAUACAGUCUGCAUGAAACACAAAUUUGCCAAGUUAGCUCUUGAAAUACUUCAUUUGACAAAAACAGGGUUGAAAAGCCAACUAGAGGAAGUUUACAGAGCUGUAUUACCUGAUAAUAAAGUUGUCUUAAAACUUGAGAAAUCAUUCUUGAAUAGAAAAUUUGCCAGAAUUGUCAUUUAAGAAUUUUAAAAAAACACAUUUUUAUGAUAUAAAAAAUCAUCAUUAUACUAGUAAUUGAAUGGUGCACUUCGCUGCCAUGUUUGAUUUCAUUGAAGACUAGUUUACUGUUGAACAUUUUCCAAAGAAUUAGUGUUAAUUGAACGAUAAUUAGAUUGUUUGUGUGAAGAAGUUUCCUGUAUUUGUCAUAAAAAGUAGAUUUUUUAUGAUGAUUUAACCUGAAUGAGUUUUUUUCCAAGGUUAUAAUUAUAUGGUAUAGAUUUUUAGGGCCUAUUCUGUAAGUUUGUGUUAGUAAUUGUAAAAUUACACUCUGUAAUUGUUGAAUUACUGUAAUUGUUGAAUAACAUAUUGUAAAUGAUGAAUUACACUCUGUAAUUUUUCCAUUACACACUGUUUUCUGUCCCAUGAUGUUUAAACUAAGAAUUACUUCAUUUCCUAAGGGUCUGUGAACUUUUUAACCUUUAUUUCAUGGCAGAUUGAUAAACAUCAGUAUUUCUAUAAAAGAAAAUGUUACCAUUUUUUUUUGUUAUUAAAGCUUAAGAAGGUCCCUUAUUAAUGUGACUUCUAAACAUUUUCAUUUAAUUCCUAUUUUGCGUGGGUUCAUAGAACAAAAUAUGUAUAAAUUAUUGUAGAUUAUAAUUAUGAAUAGAUUAUAUUUACAUAUUUGGCACAAUGUUAGUAUGAGAGUGUUUAUUGUAUGAAAGAGGAGGAGUGUUAUUUAUUAAUGAGUGAAAAAGAAUGUAUUAUUAAAGAUGAACCAAUUUUUUUACUCUCUUUUUUUUCCCUUUCUUGAUACAGUUAUAAAUUGAAAUAAUUUUUUUUUAUCAAGAUUUAUUGGGUUAGUCUGUUCACUUGAUGUAAAUUGUUACAAUGUAACAAUGAAUAGUGAGCGAUGUAUUAAAAGCAGUGUGGUUUUUGUUAAAAUUUUUUUUAGUCACAAAUCUUAGCCAAAUAGUAAUAUGCCAACCAAAAGUGAGUGAUUUGAAUGGGACAAUUUAUUGGUAGAGCUCUACUUGUUAAAUAUUCACAAACGGAAAAUGCUUCUUAAUUGACUGUUAUGUUCUUAAGUGGGUAUUGACAAAGAUUCUUACAUAAAACAAGCACUCUUAAUGUUAAAGGUACAUUUAUGUCACUGCAACAUCAAUUAAUAACCAUUUAUUAUUUAAUGUAAAUAAUUUCUGGUGAAAAAUGCAUCCAUAAUGCCAUAGAUUUAAUAAUUAUAUGAUUAUUAGCCUAAUACUCAUUUUAAUGUACGAAACAUACCCAAAUGUUAACAAAGCGUCAGGAACUGACUUAUGAAUGAUACCAGUGUAUUACAGAACAUUUGGGAUCGCUGGCUGAUGAAAUAUGUAAACACAAUCUGUAUUUUGACAUCUUUCUUAUAUACUUAUUGGCUUUUUUCUGAAAUUAAUUUCAAGACUAAGAAGUUUUUGAAAUGAGAAAUAAGUAAAUGAGUAAAUCAUUCCCUUCUUAUGUUUUGUAAUAAAAAUAUAUGAUGUCUUUGAGAAUAUAUAGGACUAAAAGUACUGUACAAAUACUAGUAAAUACUAGUUGUUUUUUUUGUCCCUUUACCUUCCUCUUUUAAAGGUAAUAUAUAUUUGACAGAUUUCAUUUAAAUUUAAGCUUAAUUUUCAAUUUUCUUCAAUCUUUUUAUUGCAAAAGUGCUGUUUAUAAUGCAUUCCAGUUUUAUGUUUAUGCUUCAUGUGUUAAUGAAAGUUUUCAGUUAUAUCGUGGAAACUGUAGUUGGAUGGAGUAUCGCAUUUCUAUAUGAUUAUAAUGGUCAGUAAUUUUUAGGCAAGUUUUCAUGUAAAGAUUAGUAGAUAUAUGAAUGAAUAUCGAUUAUUACGAUAAUUUAGAGGGUUAUUCAUAAUAAAUAGAAGUCUGAUGAUAAUAUCACAUCUGUAUAGCUGUUAGACUGGCCAGAACUUGUUUUGUCUUGCCCUUUUAUGUUGAAAUCCCACCUAGAAACAUGGCACAGAGAUUGCUAAAUGAUACCAAAGUGUCCAUCUUGGCUUCACUUUCCUACACUUUUGCUACAAUUGAUGUCACGUUGGCUUCAGUUGAUGUCACUUUGGCUUCACUUGAUGUCAUUUUGGUUUCACUUCUUCAAUUGAUGUCACAUUGUUUUCAGUUGAUGUCUCUAUGACUUCAGUCAAUGUCUAUUUAGCUUCAGUUAAUAUUGCUUUGACUUCUGUUGAUAUCUCUUUGGUUUCAGUUACUGUCUGUUGUCACUUUGGUUUAACAGGCGUCACUUUGGCUCCAGUUGAUGUCACUUUGGCUUCAUUUGAUUUAUUGAAAAAAAAAUUGGAAUGAUCUACUCUAGUUUGAGCCAUUUAGUCCACAUUAGAUUAUGCCUUCUUUAGCUAUAUUGGAACACAUGGUGUAACCUAGAAAAAAUAUUUAACUAGUAAAUGCCUUGAAUUCCUCGCUUGCAUAUUUUGUUGCAUUGUUGUUUAUUGUCAUUCGUAACUUGGUUACGUUUGAUAAUGAUGAAAUGACAUUAUUAUAAUACUCAUUGCUUUUACCCUGUAGAUCAACCAAAUCAUUUUGUAUAUGUUUGGGCUAGUUUGCAAUCAUUUCUUUAUAUCUAAAGUGCUAAGUUAGGAAAUUAUUUUUUUUAAAAUCUAGUUCAUGAUCACUACUAAGUGGCCUAGUGGUUAUAAGGUCACUGGCCUCUUUUUAACUUGUUCAUCAUCACUGUCAAGUUUGAAUCCUGGAUGGAACACAUGUGAUUAAAAUCAUCAUUUGUUGCGUGUGAGAUGAAAUCAGGAGAAUGAUGGCUCUUUAAAAUUGCCUGCAUGUUACUAAGAAUAUUCGUAGAUUAGCCUUGAUUAUAAAAAUUCUAAUAUUAACAGGCGGGUAAACGUCAUUGGCAAUGACUUAUUAUUACUUAAAGCAAAGACCCAACCAACACUCAUGAGAUAUGACUUGUACUUUUAUAUCAAGGCAAACCAAAAUGUUAGCCCAAUUAUGUUGUAGAAAUAGCAUUUAUUAAACGUUAAGCUAACCUGUCUGUUUGAUAAGUUAUGUUUGAAACCAUUUUUAAUUGUAAGAACAAAUUUGUAGCUCAGAUUUUUCAUGUUUUCAUAUUUAUAAGUAACGUUUUAAGGGGACUUAUAAAUGUGCAUAUUUUCAUGUGUGGGAUCAGAAACUGUUUUUUAUCAAUUUGAAUAUAAGUUAAGUUAUACUUAAAAACGUUAUAUAUACAUGUAUGUUAUAAAAGAUGUAAAUGAAGAUCAAUUUAGUGCCAUAGGCCAGGAACUUGUGACUUUUUGUUAAAAUCUUUUUUCUUUUUUUUUUAAACUUUGGUGCAGUUGAGUUUAUAUUUAUUUAUCUCUUGUUUCUUUUUAUUAAGAGAAGUUAUGAACUUCUUUGUACAGUGCAACAAUGAAAUAUGCUUUGAAAAGAAUAUAGUGUUAGUAGCUUAAAAUUUUGUAUUAUAAUAUUGAAAUCCCUUGAACUUUGAAUGGACUGUUCUAAAUUCAAAACAGGGCAAAUCUAUUAUACAAUUUCAGUGGGAUAUGGGUUUUAACUUAACAUUAAAUGAAAUUUAGAGUGGAAAAAUUACUAAUUAAGUAUCACAGAAUAUAGAUUUUUUUUAUUGCUGUUUAGUGGAAUUUAUUUUGUGUGCAUUUUUUUUUCACGUUUAUUUAACAAAAUUACCGUCAGUUUGUUUUGCUUAGAUCAUAAUUUUGCACUCAUUAUCAGUGUAAAUGUUGUACACUCAUAGAACUAUAUAACCAAUGAAAUAUUUUUAUUCUCAAAUCCAAAGUUUAUCAAAUAAAUGCACAUUUGUAUUCUAGUUUAAAGCUCUAUCAAUGAUUAUUGAUAAUGAUUGUAGCAGGAAUGUAAUAACCCUUACCUCACUAAAUAUCUUAAAUGGACUUGUCCAUCUUUCAAUCUGGACAAAACCAUUCAUCAUCUUAGGGAAAAUUUCAAAAUACUGAUAGAAUAGCGGACAGUGCCUGGGGAUCUUGGUUUGCAAAGGUUACAUGAGUAAAAUCUGUUGGCUAAGGGUAAAAAAUAUUAAUACGGGGUAGUCAAAGGCCGGGUGACUGUGAAGCGGGUCCUGGCUUUGGCUUGCUCGGCUAUAAAAACAAACAAUAUUAAGAAUUCUAUACCUAUCAAUAAAAUUUUCAGUGUCAGUUCUAGUUUUAAAUAACUUCACCGUUCAUAGGGUUUGCCUUAUUUCAUAUUUGAAAUAAAGCAUAUUACAAAAUUAGGUAUUAGGUAGACAUUAGUUUGUUUUGUUUUUUGCAACAGAUAAAUGCAAGGGAAGGAAGCAAUGGAAUUAAUGCAUUAUGUAUGGUUGGAAUUGUCUCCCUUAUGUUAAAUGCCUAUUAUUCUCCAGAGUUAUUUCUCCUCUUUUUGAAUUUUCUUUUGAGAUAAUGCCAUGAACUAAGUUUUGUAAUUUGCAUAUUAAGCUAAAUUGUAUAUAGAUUAUGUAUAAUAAAUUCAAAUUUUCCUUCACUACCCAAUUCUAAGCUUGAUAGAAAUGAAUCGUUUAUUGAAAAGAAAUUGUUUUGUUUAUGGGUUUAGCUGUUGUUUUAAAUUUUUCAUUUUUGAUUUGAUAGUAAUUGUUGUACCAUUAUUAUUUCUUGUAAAAGCUAUGUCAUAUUUGUGAUAUUAAAAUUAUCAAUUAUUGCA